AUGGGUCUAUUUAAUCAUCAUCAUUUAAGUGACAAAUUGUUUGGAAAUGAUUCCAAUCAAGACCAAGAUAAUUCAAAUGACUCAAACAGUAACAAUAGCAAUGUUUCAGAAUAUUCAAGACCUGCAAUGCCAUUACCAACAGAUAUAAAUAAUCAAAAUGGAAGUAAUAAUAAUGAUAAUAAUAAUGAUAAUAAUAAUGAUAAUAAUAAUGAUAAUAAUAAUAUAAUACCAGCUAUUCCAAAUGUUAUGGGAAAACAAGCUCAAACGUCGAACAAUGACGAAUCGAUUGUCACUAAUCAAUUAUCCAAGAUUACUAUAUCAUGUGACGAUAUAUUUGAUACUCCCUUGUCAUAUGAUGCUCCAUUAGAUGUGUUCCCACGAGUGGCCCAUGAAAUCUCAUUGCCUAAAGGUACUGAUAGUAAUAAUUUGCCUGUUGAGACAAAUAAAUUUUAUGGAAAUAUGUUAUUAGGUGGACAACAAUGCCCUGUUUGGACUCAUCCAUAUUCUGUUUGGUUUUCAAAAGACCAACCAUUCUAUGGACUAGCAGUAGCUUAUAUUAAAGCAUCUCAGCGUGUUUUUGGUGGAGGUUCCCCACCUCAAUUUUAUUUUAAUCCAACAGGAAUUAAAUCACUGAUUUUUGGAUCCACUGAAUUCGAUUCUAAUGGUGCUACUUUAUCUCUAUCUAAUAUGAAGCAUAUGUCUGUUGAAACUUAUUUAAAAAAAUCUGACAAUGAAUUUAUUCAAUUCCCACUAAUUCAAGGUAUGGGGUUUGUUACAGCAAUUUAUCAGAACUUAACACCAAAAUUAACAUCUGCUGUUUUAUUUAGAACUUUUAAUCAAAUUGAUUCUCCAAGAGAUAAUAUAAAGAAAUAUGAAAUAUUAUUAGAAAAUGAUGUUAAAUGGUGGCUAUAUGUGACUAUUCCAAAUGGAUCUUCUAUGGACUUCUCUAUGAAAGAUCCAACCACCAUUAUGGGUAGUAAUGUUUCUAAUGGAUGUAUCUUACAAGUUGUUGUAGAUACAGUUCCAGAAAUUGAUAAUGCUGCUGGAUGUUAUCCAAUUGAUUGUAUAUUAAGGGGUUCAACAACUGAUUCUGUCGGUAAUUAUUCCUUUAACUACUCUACAAAAGGUACUUCUAAUAGUAAUUCUACUUUAAUGUAUGCUUUGCCUCAUCAAGUUGAAUUAUUUACCGACAAAACAGCACCUAAAUCUAUUAACUCUAUGUUAGAUGCAACUGUUGGUGGCAAAAUGAAAGGUUAUAUUACAAAUAUAUUUGAUAUGAAUGUCUCAAUCCCUUCAAAACUUCAAUUCGAUCCAUUUACAACCAUUGAUGGUAAAGGUGAUCCAAAUUAUUCGGAAGAUGUUUUAAAUUCUAUUAAAAAAGCUGCUACUAAAGAUAUAGAAGGAGAUGUCAUUAAUGAAUCUAACAUUGAUUCUAUGUAUACAUCAGGUAAAAUUUUUGCUAAAUUUGCUUGGAUUUUAUACUGUUGUCAAUAUGUUUUGAAGGAUCAAAAUUUAGUUUCUAAAUUAAUGCCUAAAUUAAAAGAGGCAUUCGCAAGAUUUGUUCAAAAUAAGCAAUUAUUGCCUUUACAAUAUGAUACCACUUGGAGAGGAUUGAAAUCAUCUGGUGAGCCUGCUCAAGAUUUCGGUAAUGCUUAUUAUAACGAUCACCAUUUCCAUUAUGGUUAUCACGUUGUUGCUGCUGCUAUAUUGGCAAAGGUAGAUAAUGAUGCGGGUGAUAAAAAUUGGUUACAACAGAAUAAAAGCUGGGUGGAAUGUUUAAUUAGAGAUUUUGCCAAUCCAUCUGAUAAAGAUCCUUAUUUCCCAGUCUUCAGAUCGUUCGAUUGGUUUAAUGGCCAUUCAUGGGCAAAAGGUCUAUUUGAAAGUGGUGAUGGUAAAGAUCAAGAAUCAAGUUCUGAAGAUGUAAACGCCUCUUAUGGGUUGAAGUUAUGGGCCAUUGUCACCGGGAAUUCAAAAUUACAGCAGAUUGCUGAUAUCGAAUUGGGUGUCAUGAGAAGGUCAAUGAGCCAUUAUUUCUUGUUUUCAAACGAUAAUACCACACAACCAGCAAAUUUUAUUCCAAAUAAAGUUAGUGGUAUUCUUUUUGAAAAUAAAAUCGAUCAUACAACCUAUUUUGGUAAUGAAUUGCAGUACAUUCAAAUGAUUCAUGCUAUCCCAAUUAUCCCACCUUCAUCCUUUAUUAGAACGCCAACGUUUGUAAGAGAAGAAUGGGAUGAGAAAUUAGCCAACUUAGUGGGCAACGUUAACGAUGGUUGGAAGGGUAUUAUCAUGUUGAAUUUAGCUCUAUGCGAUCCCCAAUCUUCAUAUUCCUUUUUCAAUGACCAAAAUUUUCCUCCGCAAUAUUUAGACAAUGGUCAAAGUUUAACUUGGUCUUUGACAUAUUCUGGUGCCUUUUUAUAG